GAGCAGGAGACGUACAGUACAGGGUUGUUUUGUCUGAUAGUCUGGAUACAGUGAGUGCGUGCGCGAGCUCUAAUGUCAUAAGUAUAUAAAAUGAGUGAGGAUGUGUAUGAGGUCCCUGAGGGGACGGAGUAUCGUUAUCUAGUGCAGGACGAAGAGGAGGAACAGAUAAGGUACGUCCGUCGCCACUACGUCAGUCCAUUCCGGGCAGUGUCACGCAGAUGCAUGUUCCUCAUCGGCUGCGCCGUGGUCGGUCUCCUCUCUCUCGCGGGAUACCUGGCUUAUGUGGCGAAGACUCCUCCUCCAGGGGUGGCAGAGGUGAAGACGGACUGCGGUUGGAUGCGCGGGCGCUGGGAAGGCGGAGCGUACUCUUUCAAGGGCAUCCCGUACGCUGUACCGCCAGUGGGUGAACGUCGUUGGCAACCUCCGGCGGAUCUAGUGGAGGCGGGAAAGUGUUGGCACGGCAUGUACGAUGCUACUCGAUUCCGCAGCAUCUGUGCGCAGGUGCAACCCCUCCGGAAAGAUGGGCAGGUCAUGGGACAGGAGGACUGUCUGCAUCUCAGCGUGUGGACUCCGAGUCUAGAGCCCGCGAAACCCCUGCCCGUCAUGGUGUGGAUCCACGGAGGGUACCUCCACAUGCUGAGCGGCCAGGAGAGAGGCUACUCCCCCACUGAAGAGUUGGCGGCCCGCACGCAGACGGUGUACGUCAGCCUGAAUUACAGGCUCAAUGCUUUCGGGUUCAUGGCCCUGGAGGUGCUCAGAGAAGGCUCUCCCACCAACUCCUCAGGGAAUUAUGGCUUCAUGGACCAGAUCCAAGCACUUCAGUGGGUCCAACGGAAUAUCCAUAACUUCGGUGGGGAUGCAGGGAGAGUUACCAUAUUUGGUCAAAGCUCAGGAGGAACUUCGGUUUGGACUUUGAUGAUGUCCCCACUAGCCAAAGGACUCUUUCAUCGUGCGAUUGACAUGAGCGGCUCGUAUGUGUAUAAUGCUUCCCUGGAGUCAGCGGAAAAAGACAACUUGGAGUUCCAGAGAACUGGCUGCAAGGACGCCAUCUGCCUGAGAGGACUACACAUCGCUCAAGUCCUUCAGGCGAUCCCAUGGCAGAAGUACCCAUCAUGGGCAGCCGAUGACUUGGUCGAUCUUCCAGCCAAAGGUAUAUUUGUUGGUCCAGUUGCUGUGGUUGACGGCCAUGUUCUCAAAGCUCCUCCGUUUGAGACCUGGGAGAAAGGAGGAGCCUAUAAUGAUGUCCCGUUUGUGGUUGGAACAACUGAACAGGAGACUGAUUUUAGUCCUCCGUAUGAAAACAUCUCCACAUGGACAUGGGGGGACUAUCGGUGGAUUGUGACGAACAAACUGAGCCCUUUCGGAAAGAGCCUGAGCGAUCAGGCGUUGAGGCUGUACAAUAGUUCAGCACCGUGUCCGACCUCUGACCGCUGUCCAGAGAGACUAUUCACCACCAUGGUCUCGGACAUGAAGGCCACAUGCCCCAGGAACGACCUGGCUAAGAGAGCUGCAGGCGCUUUAAAGAGCCCAGUGUACCGUUAUCUGGUGACUUACACUCCAUCAAAACAGGCAAACACCUCCGGCUUGCUUCCCUUCCCCAGUCGCUUUGCCUUUCAUCUUCUAGACAUCUUGGGCUUCUUCAGGGGUCUUGAAAUGGUGCUAGGGACCCUGUCACCAGCUGAUAUGAACUUCCAGGAAAUGAUCACCAAGUACUUUGUACAUUUUGCUAAAGAAGGUAGGAUGCCGGACGAGUGGCCGGAGUUCCCCUCAAGCGUCGCCCUGUUGGACAGGAACGUUUCUUUCGUGGUAAACUACUCUCAAGAGAGGUGUGACCUGUGGGAGCAGAACGACUUCUACUCGUACGCCUGGAUCAACUGAGCCUCACCAUCAUCACUGGUUGUAUCGAUCCAUCCACUGCAUUUUCAUCUGACUGUGUGACAUGAGCAAAGCUUUACUGUGUCGACACAUUCACAGAGUAUGGGGUGGAUAUCCAGGAAAGUAGGUGUUUCCAAGCUCGCAGAGAUCUCUUCAAUGUCUCAAUUUCUUUCUCCUAGAGAGCAACGAGAUUAAAUCGAACUCAAAUGGAGACUCGGGUCUUUCUAAUGGGGAAAGAUCUCAGACUGUGAUCAAAAGUUCGAGACCAUGAUAUGAAUUUAAAACUUUCUAAUCCAAAAUUUCCAAGGCUAUUUUAUAGAUGUUUUUUUCUUACUUUAUGUCUACAUGUCGUUUUUUUAUUUUUGUAAAAAAAAAAAUAACCAAACCAUCCAUCCCCUAAGCUGUGAAUUGAAUUUGCGAAUCCGAAGGCUGUUUUAAGCCAUAAAUCCCCAUUAUUCAGGUUUUUUCUUUGUUUGUUUGUUACACUAAUCGGCUCCAUUCAUAUAUUUACGGAGUAUAGCCAGUCUGCUUUCUAACCUGUUAUUCUUUGGUUGUGUGACUAAGUAAAUCCAAAGCUUUGACAUGGAUGAGAAGCCAGGGACACAAUGAGGGCCUAGAAAGGGAUUUAAUGCGGCUCUCUUUUAAUUUAACUGCUAUGCAAAUAAGACUUACGGUUACAUUGAUCUUUGGUUUGUUUGUAGAUGCCCCCGCUAUCGAGGGUGACACUUAUGUGUGUUUUUGUACCUGUGAUCAAAGGGUCUUUUCCCACUCCUGAACAGACUUUGCAAUCAAGGCCUCACACAACCUGGAGCACUACCAAACUAAAUCUGAUCCAGGAACAGUUGUGUUUUAUAACACAGACCCAUUUGCCUUGCAUGGCUGAAUGAAUGGAGAGGUCAUAGGUCACCCUGCCCCUGUACAAACGGAUAAAAGGUGUCCACAUGAAAGCCCUGACCCAUAGACUUUUCUUUAACCCUAUAAAGCCUGAUAUAAAGUAAUAUUCUGAAAAGGGUACACUAUUGUGUUGGUUUUAUGGCUCAUAUGAUACAGGAGAAAAUGAAGCCCAUACUCACCCGUGAAAAAACACCCAAUUUUCUCAAUUCAGAGGCCAAACUGAGCAAAAACAUGCAAUUUGCUGUGAUUGUUGCUGUUUAUAUGAAAUUCUGAUAGCUUAUAAUGUAAAUCAAUGAGAUCUUUGAGAACAGUAAAACAGACUACUUGCAUAUCAGUUCCUCUAUAUUUCCAAAUAAUAAUUUUUAAAUGCUUUUUAAAUAGUUUUUAUGGUGGUGGGCAAAACACAUGAUUGGGAUGUACAAAAAUAACACUCUUCUAGAGAUUGUUGUAUCAUAUUUGGUUCAUUUUAACAUGAUUCUUAAAUGAUUGUGUAUUAUCAAGUUGCUUCAGUCCAGUAAGUGUUCAUCUUGAAAUAUUACUAACAAUAUAAAACAUAUUAUGGUUGCUUUAAAAUCAGUAAACA